AUGUCAUUACGGGAUACCUUGCUUGAACAGAUCAGAAGUAGACGAACACUCGUAGAACAAGGAGAAAAGAGUAUUUUGGAAACGCCCAUCUUUCAUGGAAUAACGUCCAAUGGUUUAAUGGUGCAUUUCACUCAAUUUUUCAACAAUGAUUUGUGUAGUGAUUUUAAAUUAAUAUUAAAGAGGAAAGAUCCAUCUCAGGUGAAUGAAUUGGAUGCUUAUGGAAAUAGAAAGUUGAAUGUAAUUUAUGCUCAUAAAUUUGUGUUGGCACAAUCAGAGUGGUUCAGAACAAUAUUUGAGAGUAACAUGAUGGAACAAUUAACGAAUGAAUUGAUCGUGGAUGAGAAUGAGGAAAAUUUGGAUACAUUUACUGCCAUGAUUGCAAUGAUGUAUGGCAAUUAUGUUCCAUCAUUUUCAAGUUUAAAUUCUACUCUGGUGAUAGAUCUUUUAGUUUGCUUUGACAAGUAUCAGGCAACUCAGCUAUUUGAUAGGGUAAUUGCUGGGCUCGUUAAAAACUUGGCACGUGAUACACCCAAUUAUAGAUCAGUUAACUUGUUGCACAUCUUUUCAAUGUUUGGAGAUCGAACCAAAUCCAAAGAAUUACAUGCCUCAAUUCUAACACUACUUGUUACACCUCUUUGGACGAAAGGUGUACGAGUUUUGAGACCUGAAGUUUUCAGUAAUGAUGAGUUUAUGGAUUUUUUCAACAAGCAAGAUUUCAACUCGUGUUACUUCUUUUUGGAAGAAUUUGUGAGAGCCACUCAUGCCUUCGAUCUUAUUUGUCAAUCUAUUGAUAAUUGGAUUAAAUUUGAUGAGGCAGAUCGAUUUGAUAAAGGAUUUUUAUUGUACAGAGUAGCUCUGAAUGCUCACAAGUUAAUUAGAUAA